AUGACUGGCAUCAAGACACUUGUAUUCUCGAGUCAAUCUUUAGACUCGAGAUCCAUAGACAAAGCCAUGUCUGAUGCCCAGGCUAUUGCUAUGUCUUUGACUGCUGGUACAGUCACUGAUAACUCAGAUCCUUUAGAAAGAUUUACUGAGCAAGAUUUCAAGACGCUUCUGGCCAUUGCUGAUGCUUUUGUUCCACCAGUUGAUCCACAGGCUUUGAAGCCUUAUGUCGCCAAAAAUGCCUAUGCUCCUACAGAUUCUGAACUCGAAGAGUUUGCUCGGUUAUCACCUUCAGGAAUCAGAGAGGCUUUUUUCAAUUGCAUCAGAAAAACUUUGAUAAAGGUUCCUGCCGAGAAUCGAAGACAGUUGAUUUUGGUUGUGAAGCUCUUGUCUCAUAGAUCUACGGCACUGUUAUUGACAAAGUCAAGCUCAUUAUUAUCAGAGAUGUCGUUGGAAGAUCGUGAGCAGGUGUUACUAUCCUGGUCUCAAUCAAGAUUGGCGAAUAUCAGAAAACUUCAUAGAUCUCUUUUUGAUAUGAGUACUGCCACCUUCACAAGAAGUACCAACUUGAGUUAUAAAGCGUUUGGCCAUCCAUAUACCGAACCUCGUUUGAAUGAUCCUGACGUCAGUACUAAGGAGAUUUUCAAGCACAGCAUUCUUGAUCUUGGUGAAUAUGCUACUUCGACUGAAAUUUCAGUUGAUGUUGUCAUUAUUGGAUCUGGAUCUGGUGGUGGUGUUGCGGCCAAUCGGUUAGCACAUCAAGGCUACUCAGUGCUGGUACUUGAAAAAGGUACAUACUAUCAUGAAACAGAAUUCAAUUUUAAUGAGGAUGACGGUCAUGCUAAUCUGUAUGAGCAAGGGGGUGCACUUAUCACUGACGAUGGUUCAAUGUUGGUUCUUUCUGGUGCUACACUCGGAGGUGGAUCUACUGUGAACUGGUCAGCCAGUUUAAGAACUGCCGAUGUUGUUCGCAAGGAAUGGGUUGAAAAGGGCGUUGAAUGGUAUGGAACUUCUGUUUACGACGAGGCUAUGGACUAUGUUAUGGAAAAGAUGGGUUGUCAUACAAACAAUUUAGAACACUCCUUUUCUAACCAAUUAAUUCUUGACGGCGCUGCCAAAUUAGGAUAUUCUGCCAAGGAAAUUGACCAAAACACAGGUGGUGCUGCUCACAAGUGUGGAUUCUGUUCUUUUGGUUGUAGAUUUGGAGAAAAGCAGGGCAGUGUUGUUUGCUGGCUUCGUGACGCAGCUCAACAUGGCAACUGUAAGAUCAUUGAUAAAACUGAUGUUAUCAAAAUUGUACACACGGGAAAGAAAGCUACUGGAGUCGAGGCCGUGGUACAUAAACAUGGUAGGGAUAUUUCACUAUUUGUUAAGGCCAAGAAAGUUGUUGUUUCAGGAGGUUCAUUACAAACACCUGGUGUUUUGCUACGUUCUGGUUUUAAGAAUAAGACUAUUGGCCACGGUUUGAAAUUGCACCCAGUGACUGUAGUUUUCGGUGACUUCCCAGAGGUAGAACAAAAUCCUUUUGAAAAGCCAAUUAUGACAGCUGUUUGCACUGAGGUUGACAAUUUAGAUGGUAAGGGUCAUGGUCCUAAAAUCGAGUCGGUGUUACACCAGCCGCUCCUAGAGGCCCAUUUCUUACCUUGGAAGAGUGGGAAGCAGUAUCGUCAAGAGCAAAUUCGCUAUAAUCACACAUCUGCCUUAUUGGUUAUUACAAGAGACAAGGGAAGUGGUCGAGUAUAUUAUACAAAGGACGAUCCACUUAGACCCAGACUGGAUUACCUUUCUGACAAAUAUGAUAGUUGGGCGUUGAUGCAAGGUGUACUAGCUAGUGCUGAUUUAUUGUAUAUUCAAGGUGCCGCGAGAAUUCUCAGCCCAUUACCACUUUUCCCCAUUUUUGUGCCUAGUGUUGAGCCGGAAUCUAGAAAUAUCAAUGAUUCGGACUAUCAGAGAUGGCGUUCCAAACUUAGUAAGCAUAGCAUUGAACCAGUGAGAGUUCCUAUGGGCAGUGCCCACCAAAUGGCUUCUUGUAGCCUGGGAGGCAAACCAGACAGCUCCGUGGCGAACCCCCGCGGACAAUUGUGGGAAUGCGAUAAUGUGUACAUCGCUGAUGCUAGUGCUCUCCCUACUGCAAGCGGUGUUAACCCCAUGAUUUCGACUAUGGCUACUGCUCAUGUGGUUGCUGGACAUAUCAUACAAGAUUUAAGAUCUGCAGACAGCAGACUUUAG